UUUCAAACAGCUCUGCCUCCAAAUUCCACUUCUUUUCAGUAUUCACAUUCUCCCAUGGUUUUCCUCUCCACCUCAUUUCACGAUUGACUCUGUUUGGCGUUAUGGAGUCCUUCACUGCUUGGGAUACACAGUUCACCUUUUAAAAUCUUGCGCGUUUCAGUCCACAAUUCAUCCAUCUCUCGAAUCCUCUCACAUUGCUUGUAGCUUCCUUUCUUGACGAUUUUGCCUGCUCUUUCUUCCCGUCGUCCUCUGAGUCGAAUAAUUCUUCGAAGGCCAAAAAUGUUUCGCCGACUUCCGCAUACACUGCCACCCGAUCCGGUCUUCGAGCCUGCCCUUGACAAGCUCGGCUUCUUCGUCAAUGAGGCUGACCAAAUCCGAUCGAUCAAGAAUCCCGAGCAGAAGUAUCAGUACGCAGUCAACAAGAAUGAACGUGUCAACGAGGUCUACAAGCAAGCAAACAAUACCGCUAUUCGCAAGAUCGUUCAAGAUCGGCUGUCUGGUCUUGAUAUCGAGACCGUCAGGCUGCCUUUGGGCGUGAGUGAGGACCAGAAUCACUUGCCAAUACUAGUUUCCAAGGACGUCUCGAGCAGAGACCGAGUCAUCUUGUUCUUCGGAGGCCGACAUCUGGAGCCUGCGAUCUUGUCGUGGCGUGUUAUUGGUGAAGAGGGUAUCAAAGUUGGGUCACUACUCGAAUUCGUCAACGCCGCCUUGUCCGGCCCUCCACCCACGCCAGAACAUUCUAUGCCAGGCAUCGUUGUCGCAAAUCCAUGCCAGCUGUUGUGGUACAGAGGCGGUGCGCGAGCGGUGUCGGAGAAUGAGUGGCUCAACCUGCCUCGUGUGUCGGCUGUUCAUGAGCCUUUUCGGAUUGAUCCUAUCAAGAACCGCAUUCCCGAGAACGGCACCUACGAAGAACACGUUAAGUACGUCUUUGAGCAUGUCUUGCCGAAACUUGUGAAGGAGAACGCCAAAAUCGACAUCAUCGCUCUGGAGUACCUGGGUUCAGCCGUCAUUGACUACUUGGCCUCGGAUUGGAGUCUCUGGGCCUCUCGGGUCACUGGCAUGUCACUAAUCUCGCCACAGCACAAGGUGCAGGAUUUGAUCGAGGAUGGGGCACCACCAGAGUUCGUCGAGUUUCUGUCGAAGCGGAGCCGAGCGUACUUUGUGUCGCCAGAGAAGGUCGAGACGCCUAUCACUGGCAGAAGCAGGUUCGGUUGCAAUUGCUACGCGAGUGGGGAGCAUCUGUAUCAAGAGAGUGCGGUGAUCAGAAGCUGGGGUAGUAUACUGGACUGGUUCAAUCGGCUUUAUGCAGAUCCCAGUUUUGAGGAGGUCCCCUUCGUGGAAGUCGACGACGGUGACGAUGCAGAGCAGGUGAAGCUGGGAUGGUGAAAUAUUCGUGAAGUGCAUUUUCGAAACGUUGGGAUCCUUGUCAAAGACGGCGCACCAGCUACUGCCGGAGGUAGAUAUCACGCUACCCUUGCACUGGUGACUCGACUUGCGAACCACAGAACCUGGAAGAUAGCUCCCCAGGCCAAGUAGCAUUGACCUACGACGUUUCAGGUGCUCGAGAUCGUGAGGUUGCAUGUCUAGGUGAAUGCAGAGUGUGGAAGACUUCAUUGCCAUACCCGCCAAGGUUCGAGA